AUGUCAGAACGCAAGGUCCUCAACAAGUAUAUUCCGCCAGACUUUGACCCGUCCAAGAUCCCGCGGCUGCGGCAGGGCAAAGACAAGCAGAUUAAGGUGCGCCUAAUGGCACCAUUCUCGAUGCGGUGUGCAACCUGUGGGCAAUGGAUUGGCAAGGGCACAAAGUUCAACGCGCGCAAGGAGUCAGUCGAGGGCGAAAAGUUCCACUCGAUCCAAAUCUAUCGGUUCUACAUCCGGUGCCAGCGGUGCGCAGCAGAAAUCACGUUCAAAACGGACCCCGAAAAUAUGAACUACCAGGUGGAGAAAGGUGCGCAGCGCAAUUUUGAGCCGUGGCGGGAGGAGAAGGAGAUUAACGAGAGGAUCCAGCAGCAGCGCGAGGAGGAGGAGGAGAACGACCCGAUUAAAGCGCUGGAGAAUCGGACCGAGGAGAGUCGCCGGGAAAUGGAGAUCCUGGAUGCGCUGGAUGAGAUUCGGACGCAGAAUGCCAGAGGCGAGCGCCUGGGCACCGAUGACAUCUUGGAGGCAGUUGUGGAACGGGCCAAGGACGAGGAUGACAAGCGCAAGCGGGAAGAAGACGAAGAAGACGAGAGGCUGGCAAGGCAGGUGUUU